GGGCUGAGAGGCUGUUCACAGAGCAAGUGAAGAUGAAUGCCAGAGGACUUGGAUCUCAGUUAAAGGACAGUAUUCCAGUUACUGAACUUUCAGCAAGUGGACUUUUUGAAAGUCAUGAUCUUCUUCGAAAAGGCCUUCCUUGUGUGAAAAAUGAACUUUUGCCCAGUCAUCCUCUUGAAUUAUCAGAAAAAAAUUUCCAGCUCAACCAAGAUAAAAUGAAUUUUUUCACACUAAGAAAUAUCCAGGGUCUGUUUGCUCCACUAAAAUUACAAAUGGAGUUUAAGGCAGUGCAGCAGGUACAGCGUCUUCCAUUUCAUCCAAGCUCAAACCUUUCACUGAAUAUUUUGAGGGGUAAUGAUGAGACUAUUGGAUUUGAAGAUAUUCUUAAUGACCCAUCACAAAGUGAACUAAUGGGAGAACCACACUUGAUGGUGGAAUAUAAACUCGGUUUACUGUAA